AUGGCCCUCAUCAUGGAGCCCGUCAGUAAGUGGUCACCGAGCCAGGUCGUCGACUGGAUGAAAGGUCUUGAUGAUUGCCUGCAGCAAUAUAUAAAGAACUUUGAGAGAGAGAAGAUUAGUGGUGACCAGCUAUUACGAAUUACUCAUCAGGAACUGGAAGAUCUUGGAGUCACACGAAUUGGCCAUCAGGAGCUUAUCUUGGAAGCAGUAGACUUGCUCUGUGCACUGAACUAUGGUUUGGAAACAGAAAAUCUAAAAACCCUUUCUCACAAACUGAAUGCAUCUGCCAAAAAUCUGCAGAACUUCAUUACUGGGAGGAGGAGGAGUGGUCACUACGAUGGAAGGACCAGUCGCAAAUUACCGAAUGAUUUUCUGACAUCAGUAGUGGAUCUGAUUGGAGCAGCUAAAAGUCUUCUGGCUUGGUUGGACAGAUCACCAUUUGCUGCUGUCACAGAUUACUCAGUAACAAGAAAUAAUGUCAUACAACUCUGUCUGGAACUAACAACAAUAGUACAACAGGAUUGCACAGUAUAUGAAACAGAGAACAAAAUUCUUCAUGUGUGUAAAACUCUCUCUGGCGUCUGUGAUCACAUUAUCUCACUCUCUUCUGAUCCACUGGUUUCCCAGUCUGCCCAUCUUGAAGUGAUCCAGCUUACAAACAUCAAGCCAAGUGAAGGGCUGGGUAUGUACAUUAAGUCAACAUAUGAUGGUCUUCAUGUAAUUACUGGAACAACAGAAAAUUCACCUGCAGAUCGGUGCAAGAAAAUCCAUGCUGGGGAUGAAGUGAUUCAAGUUAACCACCAAACUGUGGUGGGGUGGCAGUUGAAAAAUUUGGUGAAUGCACUACGAGAGGAUCCGAGUGGUGUUAUCUUAACUUUGAAAAAGCGACCUCAGAGCAUGCUUACCUCAGCACCAGCUUUACUGAAAAAUAUGAGAUGGAAGCCCCUUGCUCUGCAGCCUCUUAUUCCUAGAAGCCCUACAAGCAGUGUUGCUACUCCAUCCAGCACUAUCAGCACACCUACAAAAAGAGACAGCUCUGCCCUUCAGGAUCUUUACAUACCCCCUCCUCCAACAGAACCUUAUGUUCCAAGGGAUGAAAAGGGCAAUCUCCCCUGUGACGAUGUUGGCAGACAUAUAGUGGGCAAACCAGUUCAUACAGGAUCUGAAUCUCCAAACUCAUUUCUGGACCAGGAAUAUCGGAAACGCUUUAACGUGGUUGAAGAAGAUGCAGUUUUGUACUGCUAUGAGUAUGAGAAAGGAAGAACAAGUGGUCCUGGAAGGAGAGAGAGCACACCAACAUAUGGGAAGCUGAGGCCUAUUUCUAUGCCAGUAGAAUAUAACUGGGUGGGAGAUUAUGAAGACCCCAAUAAAAUAAAAAGAGAUACUAGGAGAGAAAAUUCAUUGCUUCGCUAUAUGAGCAAUGAGAAAAUAGGUCAAGAAGACUACAUGUUUCAAAGGAAUAGCAAAAAGGAUACUGGGAAAAAGUCCAAAAAGAAGGGAGACAAGAGUAGUAGUCCAAGUCAUUACUCCCUGUUGCCUAGUUUACAAAUGGAGUCAUUGAGACAAGAAGUCAUGGGCACACCUGGACCAGAAACUGCUUUGUAUCACACAUUUCAGCAGUCUUCUCUACAGCAGAAAAGUAAAAAGAAGAACAAAGCUCCUAUUCCUGGUAAAAGCAAAAGACGAAUCUCAUGUAAAGAUCUUGGUCGAGGGGACUGUGAAGGCUGGCUUUGGAAAAAGAAAGAUGCCAAGAGUUAUUUCUCCCAAAAAUGGAAAAAGUACUGGUUUGUCCUGAAGGACACAUCUCUGUAUUGGUAUAUCAAUGAAGAGGAUGAAAAAGCAGAAGGAUUCAUCAGUCUACCUGAAUUUAAAAUUGACAGAGCCAGUGAAUGCCGCAAGAAAUAUGCAUUCAAAGCCUGCCAUCCUAAGAUCAAAAGUUUUUAUUUUGCUGCUGAACAUCUAGAUGAUAUGAACAGAUGGCUCAACAGAAUUAACAUGCUUGCUGCUGGCUAUGCAGAAAGAGAGAGGAUCAAACAAGAGCAAGAUUACUGGAGCGAGAGUGACAAGGAGGAAGCUGACACUCCAUCAACACCGAAGCAGGACAGCCCCCCGCCCCCGUACGACACUUACCCACGGCCACCUUCGAUGAGCUGCACGAGUCCCUACGUGGAGCCCAAGCACAGCCGCCUGUCGUCCACGGAGACGUCGCAGUCGCAGUCGUCGCACGAGGAGUUCCGCGCCGAGGUGGCCGGCAGCGCCACCGAGUCCCCGGUGCGCAAGACGGCGAGCCAGCGGCGCUCCUGGCAGGACCUCAUCGAGACGCCGCUCACCAGCUCGGGACUGCACUACCUGCAGACGCUGCCCCUGGAGGACUCCGUGUUCUCCGAGGUGGCCGUGGUGUCCCCCGAGCACCGGCGCCAGUCCACCCUGCCCACCCAGAAGUGCCACCUGCAGGAUCACUACGGCCCCUUCCCCCUCGUGGAGGGGGAGCGGAUGCAAGUGCUGAACGGGAACGGGGGAAAGCCCCGAAGUUUCACUCUGCCCCGGGACAGCGGCUUCAACCACUGCUGCCAGAGCCUCUCGGUCGGUGCUGCCGAGCACCACGAAGAAGCACAGCAGAAGGAGGUCGAGGAGGAGGAGGAAGAGGAAGGCAAAGCAGCAGAAGAAAACCAGGAAGAUAAAAUUGAAACUAUAGAGGAAAAAACAGCAGACUCCUUGCAAGAUUUGUACAGAGCCUUGGAGCAGGCCAGCCUGUCUCCUUUAGGAGAACACCGGAUUUCCACUAAGCUGGAGUAUAAGAAAUCUUUUAUAAAGAGAUGUAGUGAUCCAGUAGUCAAUGAAAAACUGCACCAGCUGCGAAUUCUGAAAAGCACUUUAAAGGCCAGGGAAGGAGAAGUAGCCAUUAUAGAUAAAGUUCUGGAUAAUCCAGCCUUGACGUCUAGAGACUUUCAAGAAUGGAAACAAAUGUACCUUGAUCUCUUCAUGAACAUCUAUGAAAGCAGCCCCCGGAGGGACUCUGUUGAUGGCUCGUCUGAGGUUGAAGCACUUAUAGCCUCGUUAGCACACACUCACUCUUACAUAGAAACACAUGUAUAAAAGUCUUUCUUUUUGUCCAUUUGCCACACUCCAACCCUUUACUUAAGUGCAUAAAGUAGUUUUUAUAUCAACAUGUGAGAGCUCUAGUAAAUUAUAUUUUAAUGUCACUCAGCUGUGUGAAACCUUCAAUGAUCAACGAUACUUUAAUGAGGAUUUGUAUAUUUUAUAUGCUACCAAUGCUCUGCUUGUGUUUACCUUCUGUGAAUUAAAAAACAUGAUCUUUAGCUAUUGAAGAAAAGGAUUUAAAAGCAUUUUUGGAAGACUGUGGCCUUCAUGCGGGAAGUUCCACGUGCUAAAGCUUUUGUUAUCAAAGGUCAGUUUUACAAUGAUAUUUUAUAUUAUAUAAUUCCAGUAUUGCAUUGCAUUUCUGGAGUGCAGGUACUAUUUUGGUGGUGAGAGAAAACCAAUUUUUAUAUUUCAUGAGAAACUCUAGGAGUUUUCUUAAAUAACAGGGAGAAAGUUUAAUGCAGUGGUUGUGUUUAAGUUUUGUCAAAAUAAAAGGGUGAAAAUCGGCAGACAAAAAAAUUACUAAUGUGAAUUUAAGUGUCGAAAGGUUAGGUCUUAUUUCCUUGUGCUUUUUUAAAGCCUGUUGCUAAGGUUUACCACCAGAGCAACGGGAUGCUGGUUUGUAUUAUAAUUAAGACCAAAUUGUGUGUUGUCUCUUAAUCACAUUAGGUUGAUUUUUAAAAAAAUCAGUCAUGGUACUGUUAUUGAUGAUGCUUUUGCACUGAAGGUAUCAGUAUAAUGUGCAGAUUUUGCAAAAGAG